GAAAGGUAAGCAGUAUAAACCAUAUUAAUCCUGAGUAAAAUGAAACUAAUGUGGUACCUGCUGGUUGAUUAUCCGACCAACAGUGGCGCAAGUCAAUCCGCUGUGUGGCGCACGGGGGCGCGCUGCGCGCUGCAGAUGUGUCGCAGAUUUAAAAAGUCACUGUACUCAUCUAGUACAAGGAAAUGGAGCAGUGCAAAGCAUAAAAUACUGAAUUGUAAACAAGGCAGGCGGAAGAGAGGGAACGUGUGCAGCCAUUCUAACUGUGCAUGGGAUUUCUAUUUCAGUUAUUUUAACGCCAAGAAGGAAAAACACAGAGACGUUCACAGCUACUUCAUUAUUUUUUUAGAGGAAUAACUUAACCAAUGGAACUGUCGGCAAUCGGUGAGCAAGUGUUCGCUGUGGAAUCAAUUAUAAAGAAAAGAGUUAGGAAGGGUCAUGUAGAGUAUUUAUUGAAGUGGAAGGGCUGGCCUCCAAAGUACAGCACAUGGGAGCCAGAGGAACACAUCCUAGACCCUCGACUGGUUUUAGCCUAUGAGGAAAAAGAACAGAGAGACAGGUCAGUGGGGUGGCGCAAAAGAGGGCCGAAACCGAAAAGACUCAUCAUGCAGAGGAACAUUUACGCAAUGGAUCUACGCAGCACACACAAAGAUACAGAGAAGUCUUCAGCGCAUCUGCCGCUUUCUUUGACCCGGUCGCUUGACCCAAGGUUCCAGUCCUCAGGGACCUGUAUAUAUCGACGAUUAACCCACCAUAAGAAAAAGAAGAAAACAUCCAGAGAGACUUCUGAGGAAGAAUGGGAUAGAAGGGAAGAAGAAGAUGAUCAUGUUGAUGAUGAUGAUGAUGAUGAUGAUGAGGGGGUUAUGGAGGAGGAGGAAGAGGAGGACACAAGACCAGGAGGAACUAAAACUGGCAGCAAUAGUUUAAACAAGCUUGUCAGGAGGGGAGCCUGGAGUCCAACCACUGAAUCAGAGGCAAUGACAAUCUCUCCUAUAUCUGAGGACUGGAGUCCAGUUAUGGGCCCAGAGGAGGUAACUGUGACAGAUAUCACCAUCAACUCACUGACUGUGACUUUUAGAGAGGCCUUCGUAGCAAGAGGGUUCUUCAGGAGCUGGGAGCUGGAGAUCUGACAUUACAGAGACUGAGUAUGUUGUGAGCGAGGGGGAAAGAGAAUCGGUACAUCCUCUUUUUUUUCCUUUUUUGCUUUGAUUAUGCGCUUGCACAUUUUCCACCAUUGUUUCAGACUACAUUUGCACUAUUAGUUCUAAUCAAGUUAAAACCUUUCAAAAUGUUGUUUCAGGAUUGUGAUUGCAAUCAAUCACAGUAACAAUGAUUAAAUUCGUUACAGUACUGAUAGUAUUAUGAAGUUGUAUUGGCCAUUAAACAAAUCAAGCUAGUUUCUCUGAUACUGAUUUUGCCAUGUUUUGUAGUUUACAGAUUUAACUAGCCGAGUUAAGCUUAAUUUGGUCUGGUCAUGUACUUGCAUAAUGCUAGUACAGUGUGAUUAGCACAAUUAAAAAUUCUGAAAAGCCAAGCUGUAACAAAUAUGUCUAUACAUUUACACAUUAGAUAUAUGUAUACAUGAUAUGCUUGGUAAACAUAUUAUUCUAUUGACUUUUAAUUUAAAUUGCACACCUCAUAUGCAGUUAACUAGAAUUAGUGGCCUCCCUAUACUUAAAAAUACAACUAUGGAAAAGCAUUUCAACACUUUGUGUGCCAUCUUUGAGACUUAAUAAACAAAAA